CGAUGAAAAGAUGAAGCUUCCACCAUGGAUCUGCAAUCGUCGAUCCCGAUUCUUCCUGGUAGAUUCCAGAGCAACUCUAAACUUCCACAGCAAUCUGGGGAGGACGAACCUCAUCGACAAGGGCAGCGGGCUUCCAUUGGCAUUGGGAAGCUCUAGACGAGGCAAAACGGUGGGGAGGAAUGGACGAUUCACGAAGAAUAAACGAAGGCUCCACAAGAAUCGCGCACAUGAUCUCAAGCAUUAAUUGCAAGAACUUUUCCUGAGCAGUGGUGAAUUGGUGCCACCACUUGUUCAGGCUUGGAGAAGUUCCUAGGCAUUUGGUGAUAAUCAGAAGGACAAGGGCAAUGCCUUGGAUGAAUGAGCAAAUGCUGGCUUGCUCUGGGCAGUGUCGUUUGCAUAGCACUUAAGCAGUCCGUUUAGUCAUGGCACAGGGCACCGUGCCUUCUCGCACUGAUGACGUUAGCCUUAUGGUGAUCACGCUUGAGAUAAACCCUUACAUUUGGGAUAAGCAUGGGAUGGGAGCAGCUUUCUCAAUCCAGGCCAUGGUAGAGCAGAUGAUUAUCUUCGUCAAUUCGUAUCUUCUUCUGCACCACCAAAACCAGGUCGCAAUCAUCACUGCUGGCACAGAAGGCUGUGCGUACAUUUUCGACUCCGCGGCCUCCAAACAAGGCCCAUCCAACGCCCAGCCUGCGGCAACAAACGGAAGUGCGAACGGGGUUUCAGAAGAGGGAGAGAGGGGCAUCGGAAGCAUACUUGCUUCGCGAAUACAGAGGGUCGUUUCGGAGGCAGAGCAGAAGUGGAAAGAUGGGGGCAGCGGGGGCGAGCCGAAUCGGACUACCUACCUGUCUGGGGCGCUGUCAAUGGCGCUGUGCUAUGUCCAGCGCUGCUUACGAGGCCCAAAACCGCAGCCCCAGCCGAGGAUGUUGUGCAUACACGGCUCCCCCGAUGCUCCCCAACAGUACAUCGCGACCAUGAAUGCCAUGUUCUCAGCACAGAAGUUGCAAGUUCCGAUUGACGUAUGCAUGAUCGGAGGCCAGGACUCCGCUUUCCUGCAGCAGGCCGCGCACCUCACGGGAGGGCUGUACCAAAAGCCUCCCCGGCCAGAGGCCCUUCUACAGUAUCUUCUCAUGGUCCCCGCCAUGGACCUUCAUUCGCGGCAGUUCCUGCUCGCGCCCCGGCCGGCAGGCGUCGACUUUCGCGCCUCGUGCUUCUGCCACAAGAAGACAAUCGACCUGGGCUUCGUCUGCUCCGUCUGCCUGUCCAUCUUCUGCCAGUUCUCCCGGGAGUGCUCAACAUGCGGUGCCGUUUAUACCAUGGCCAGGCCGACCCCAGCUGCAGGCGCCAAACGAAAAGAGCCAGAGGCGUGAGGCGUUUUGAAGCCGAGGAUUCUUACUUUAAUAGACAGCCCGCUUGCAGAAAAGAGCCGGAAGGCAUUAACUAAUUGCAAUCCAAAAUUCUGUAUAGACAGGCCUAUCCGAACUCUGACAAGUUACAUUGAUGAGGUAGGCCGUUGCAACUAACCUGCUUCUGAGCUUUCUUGGCUUAGAGGGCAGACCCUCGUCUGGUUCAGUAAAGUAGGUGGAUUUCAUUGGCGAUCAGUGGAAACUCGCACACGUAGGACUAAAUGGAUUUUGGAAGAAAAUGUACCUCUUACUUUUAGGACGGGAUCCAAUCACGGCUGCAAAGACUGUGGACUCGGGAUCUGGGACAUCUGAAUUGCUCAGUGUAUGCCUGCAUUCAUACUUCAUAAUGUGCGAGCUGCCAGCAACAGCUAAUGAUGCAUCGCA